GCCCCCGCGGCCGCGCCUCCGCUCAGGGACAUGCUGCUCGCCGCCUACCUGCUCAGAGGCUACUACCAGCCGGCAGGGCCGCUCAUCUCCGCGGCGCACCACGCUCCGCCCCCGGGCCCCGCGGCGCUCGCCGCCGCCGCAGCCGCCGCCGCCGCCGCCUCCAGCAAGGCGCCGCCCCCGCAGCAGCACGCGGCGCUGCCCCCGACGCCCACGCCGCCGCCGCCAUCCACCGCCGCCGCAACCGCCGCCUCCUCCACUUCCAACAGGGAGGGGUCGCCGGACAGCGAGGUGACCGUGGUGGGAGGGGAGCUGAUGGCGCAGCAGUACCGCUACCAGCCAGUGGUGGCGCCGCCCCCGCCGCCCGGACAGCAGUUCGGCUACGGCUACGCCCCCCAGUACUACCCCAGCCCCCCCGCCUCCAGCCUGCAGUACCCGCACUACCACCAGGAGCUGUGCUACCCGGCGCCGCCGUACUUCCACCACAAGAGCUCCGCCUACUCGACGCCGCCGCCGCCCCCGGUGGCCGUGCCGCCCCCGGUGGCCGCCGCCGCCGCAGCCGCCGCCGCCGCGCAGCGCUACCACCGCGGCUACCUGCCGGCGCCCGCCCCCGGCUACGACCAGCCGGCCUCCGGCAGCUCGUCGGGCGCCUCCGCCUCCGGCAGCACGGCGGCGGGCCAGGUGGUGCCGCUGGGCUCGUCGUCGUCCGCCUCCGGCGGGUCGGGCGCGCCCUCCGGGGGCGGCUCGUACGCCCCCGUGCACGACGCGUACGCGGGCAGCACCGGCUCGUCCGCCUCCGGGCCCGCGCCGCCGCCCCCCGCCGCAGUCGUGGACGCGUACCCGCCCCCGCCGCCGCCCCCGGCCGCCUACUACGGGUACGCGCAGCCGCCGGGAGGUCCGCCCCCGCCGCCCCCGGUCUGCUACACGCACUCGCCCACCCGCAGCCUACCCUACAUAGAGUACCCGAGCUGCCCGUGCCCCAUGCAGUCGUGUCCAAAAAACGUCCAUACUGGGCCUCUUACUGGUGACAGCAGUAAGGGGCCGGCCAAGCCCCAGCUACAACUGCAGCUCCAGCCCCCGCCGGCCCAGCCGCAGCCCCCGCAGCAGGCCCAGCAGCAGCAGCCGCCGCAGGCCCCCGCGCCCGCCCCCGCGCCGCCGCCCCCGAUGCCGCUGCCGCUGGAACCCGCCCCCUGCCCGCCCAGCCCGGCGCGCGGCAGCGCGGGGGUGGGGGUGCCGCCCCCGCCGAGCCCCGGCCGCGACGGCGCCGCCGCCACGCUGCUGGUGCGCCGCCCCCGCCAGGAGGGCUCGCCGGCCGCGCUGCCCCACACAGGGGCUGCUGGAGAAGCUACAAUCACCUCGGGCACUGUUACUGCCCCCGAAACCAAGACAGAGGUGAAAUGCGAGCCCGUGGCGGCAGCCACUGCGACGCCGUCGGCGGUCCGAAAGCGGCGGCCCUCCGCGGCACACACCGAGGCACCCACUGCCGCUCCGGCACCCAAGAAGGCGCGCACCAACUCGUGCACUGCCGCCGAGGCGGCCGAAAAGUCUCCGCCGCCGGCAGCGGAAGGCCCCGCGGCGACCGAGGCCGCCGCGCCCGCGCCGGCAGAAGCGGUGCGGGCGGACCCGGUGCCCACCGUAAUGCCCCCGAAAGUUGGCAAGCGCAAGGGCACAGAUGAAGUGCCGUCCGAGCAGCAGCAGCAAGAGCAACAGCAGCAACAACAAGAGCAGCAGCAGCAGCAACAAGAAGAACAGCAGCAGCAACAGCGCAAACUGGCAAAAGUGAAUCGCUCUCAAGCAAAGGUAUACCCACAUAGGAAGAAACUGCAGCCAGGUGUGUGCAUUAACAAUAACCGGCUGCCCCCGGUAGAGGCCCCAGCCAAGCAGUUGCAGGCCAAUGGUUCGGCCGCCUCCCCCACACCUUCAGCCAACCCCGCUCCGGCAGCUGCUCCCACAGCGGGGCGCAAGGUGCGUCGCACGGCUCCGCCUCCGCCCAGGACCGCGCCCUCCGCUUCGGUGGUGAACGCUGCCGCGGAACGGAGGCGGCGGCGCUCCUCCAACGGGCGCCGCAGCCCCCCUCCUGCCGCCCCCGUGGGGCAGGCCGGUACUGCCCCCUCAGUUCCCGCCCGGCGCCAGUCGAGGGUGUUGUCCGGUCCGCGCAAGUCCUUGGGUCCGAGGUGGUCCAACGGUUGGUCUUGGGAAGGUGCAUCCUUUGAGGCCAAAGUCUUCCUCACUAGUGACGAUGUACCUGUUACACGUAAAUGCUAUCCUGCAAUGCGACACGUGGAGGGCGACCUGGUGUGCCCGCAUGACUGCAUCCUCCUCAAGUCUGGACCGAGGAAGCUGGACCUCCCAUUUGUUGCAAAGGUCGCUGCCCUGUGGGAGAACCCAGAUGACGGCGAAAUGAUGAUGUCACUGCUUUGGUACUACCGACCAGAGCACACGGAACAGGGCAUCUCUUCUGCAGACACAGAAGACGAAAUAUUUGCUUCAAAGCACAAAGACAUCAACAGUGUGGCCUGUAUAGAGGAUAAGUGCUACGUCCUCACUUUCACAGAAUACUGCCGGUACCGGAAGGUGGCCCGACGCCAGGAUGAGGGAGUGCGCGAGCCCCCUCUGGUGGUGCCGCCGCCCGAGGACAAUCCACGCAGUCGCUUCCAGCCACCGCCUUCGGUCUCGUCGGAGCUGGUCUUCUACUGCCGCCGAGUCUACGACUUCCGACAGAAGCGAAUCCUCAGCUCAAGGGUGUCGGGUGGGAGCCGUUAUGCCCGGCAGCUCAACAGGAACCGCUCCCGCCUCAUGUAGCCGGCAGGCUUUGGCUCGCCCUGCCUCACAAGCCGGUGCCUAGUGUGCUGCAAUCCAACCGAGAUGUGUGAUGACUUCUCAGCUUACCCAUGACAGUGUCCCAUGCGCUCAGUGAACAGAGUCGAGUGGUGAAGAGGAAACUGUGGACCAGGGACGGGAGUGAAUGGCAGCUGUGCAUCUGAUCUUCUGCGUGCCCCUCGUGUGUCAGUGUCUGGGGCGAGUGGGACACGUGUGUUUAUAUGUAUGCCGUGUAUAUGUAUGUACUGAAAUGAGAAUGAGUACGGUCUCGUACGUGGUAACUUAGAACUGCUUCAUUACAGAGUUGAUUUGUAGAUCGCCAAUAUUUGUGUCAAAUAUUUUGCAUUGAAAUGCCACAUUGUUUUGUUGUAAUCAUUUCUCAACUGGUUAGAUUUAUGUAUGAGAACAGGAGGUUUUCUUCAUUUAGUUAACAUCUGUUCUACUCUCAAUUCAGUUGCUUAUUGCAUUGUUAAUUACCAGGAAGAGGAGUAUUUCCUGUUGUGUCAAACUGAUGAUUUCUGUUUGGCCUCUCUUAUUAGAAGAAAGAGUAUUUUGAAGCACAUGGAGAUUCGGGUGCUAUGUAUUGUUUUAAAGUUGAUUAUAAUUAAUUGGUGAUCGACAUGAAGUAAUUUUUUUAGUUCCCUGUAUGUUGUUGUUAUAUUAUGGAGUGAUGUUAUCAUAUUGCUUUUUUAUUUUGAGAUGAAAUUGAGUGAAGUACGUUAAAAAUGUAAUGACCGGAGUACUGGGAAGGCACAGAACACCAAACAUUUUCUUUGUGUCACCCAAAUAUUGGAAAUGUUACUUUUCUUUUGCUAGAAGGAUUUUUCAUUAUUCUGUCUGUUAGCUAAGUGAAUGAACUGGCUGGAAUUUAGAGGAAAAGUUGUGCCAUUGUGUAUGUGGGUACCAUAGGAACUUACUGAUGUUAAUAUAGUUUUUGCCAUUUACAUACACAUAAAAUCAAAAAUGCUUUUGUGGUACAUAUUUUUAUAGCAAGCCUAAUUCAUAAAGGAAUAUUGGGUACAGCAGCUACUCUUUCUAGUCCUUCUUUUAUCAAAAAAAUUCCUCAUAGUUAGAACCAAAGAGCUCGUAAAAUGAGGAUAUUUAAUGAAAUAACAAAUAAUGGGUUAUCAAGGUAGAGUACCCUGUAUCAGUAACUUUUUUUAAAUUUGUAUUUUUUUUUUAUGAAAGAUUUGUAGUUUGCCCCCACAUCUUUCUUAGUAUAUACAAGAAAUUCCCACUAUUUCCUUCUCAAGUGCUGUUGUUGCAUAGAAGCUUACCAGCAGAAUUAGGAAUUGGAAUCCUGUCUAUUCCUAUUUCCCCCCUACAUUGUUGAAAUGAUCGCAGCCUCUGUACUCUGUAUGAUUGUCAUUUUAAAGCAGAUGUAGGAACUGACUCCAAACCUGCGUGUGUCAGAAGCCUUAAAUGGAGAAACAAUAAUGAGGUCACACGUCGUAAACUGGAAAUUGUUUCAAAUCACCCGAGAAUCGCUCGGAGAAGAAGCUACAACAGAACAUUUAAAAACAUGAGAGCAUUUGUUUUACUGUGCAUUGAGUAAUGAACACAAGAGAAUGCUCACAAUCCUAGAAUUUGUACUAUAAUAUUGUAAAGAGAGUAGAGUACUAUAUUAUUAAUAUAGAACAGAAAGAGAUAUAUCUAUAUAUAUAAAUAAAUAAUAUAUAUUUAAUUUAAAAAAGUGAAAAAUUGAUAUUUAUAAAAAAAUGUGGUUUGUGUGGUUUCAGAGUUAGGGAAUCUUUACAUUUUGCGAAAACUUGAGCUUUUCUGGCAAAAAAAAAAAAAUUAUUAAAUAUUAUGUUUCCUUCAUUUUGUUGGCUCUGUAACAGGUUUCUUUUUGUUGUGCUCGGCUGUUUGUCAUGUCUCCAAUAUGCUGUGCAUUACUACAGUAAGUGAUACUAUAUUAUUUGUUAUGUAUCAAUCGGUCUUGUCGUGACUGGUUUCUGACAGCCCAGCUAAAUUGUAAAACUUGUUCAGCAACCUCACAUAGGGUGAUGUUGUCUUGUAUGUUAAGUGCUUUGUUGAAGAUGUGGUGGUAUUACAAGCUGUAAUAAUUUCCCACCAUUUACAGGUGGUAAUUGUGUCUGCUGUUGCCUGUGAUCAAUUAACUCAGUUUGUUGGUGUGUAAUGCACACAACAGCCCAAAUGGUGAGAAUUGAGGCAGUAUGCUUAUUGCAACAUCACACCAGAUUUAUUUCAUUAAACACAAAUUGCUGCUUUGGGAGCAGUAAAGGGGUGUAGGUGUUUGGAGAUAAGGAGACGACAGCUGUGGAGCUUGCUGGACACAGUAAUUGACAUAUACAUAUGCUAUAACACUGUUGUGGAAAUAUAAAGUAGCGAUUUUAGUAACUAAAAAUUUUUUGAACAAAACUUGUCCAGAAUGAUUACUUUUGUAAAAGCCACUCUGGCUUUUCCUAUGUCUGAUGUUCCCACCUGCCCAUCCUUAUAUCCCGUCUUCUUCAUUAAGUGGUGCAGCAUUCUUGCAGGUGAACAAAAUGGGAACAGUACUCAUUCAGGCUUAUUGGAAGCAAGUGCUGCAUUGGUUACUUCUUAUGUACUGAUUUUACUCUGACUGCUAUGUGGGCUUAACUUAGUUUUCCAUUGAGACAGUCUUGUGUUAUUUCAGUUACUGUACCAGAUUUAUUUUUUUAACCACGAGUGGAAGCUGGCAGUUGUAAAUUGUAUUUUUUACAUCUGCUUCUGUAUGAAAUGUGGAGAACUUUACAACUGAUUGUAUGCAGAGGCAACGUCACUGGCUGCUAACCCUGUUCAGAGGGAAUUUCCCAUCACCUUGCUUGUGGAAUAAUAGAGUGCACAUUCUGUGCCAUCACAAACUGAUGUGAAUUGUGGUGCACAAAUGAAAGUCAUCUAUGAUCUGUUUUGUCUGCCAGACUGAGAGAUUCAGAAAUUUGGAGUGACGCGAUACACGUUCUCGUAAAAUGUUUGCUGUUUGUGGCACAGUAUUUUGUACAUCAUCACUUUGCUGUACCUGUGAAUAUGGAAACACGAUUAGAUCAUCUCCAUGUGCAGAAAAUUACAAAUAAAAUUAGAUUUCUCCAGAGAAUGAUGCGGGAGCUGCUAUGUAAUGUAUAAACAUUGAUAAUGACAAGUGUCUCGAAAAACCAGUGCCACUGUCUUUUAAUACAAUCAGGUGUCACAGUUUUGGAUUUAGUGUCAGACACAAUCACAACUACGAAACCCUUGCGGCAAGUGUUUAGUGCGUUAGCUCACAUUUAGUGUGUUGGGUUGUGUUGCCUUCAGUAGGUGCCUUUGCAUGUCACAAAAGAGAGCAAAGUGAGUGAAUAAAAUUUUUUGAGAGGAUGGACAUAAGAAUGAAAAAAAUGCUGAUCUAUAAUCACCGACAGCAGAAUGAACCAUAAAAGUACGCUGAAUGAUUGUGCUUUUUUGUCAUAUUUAUCAGAAACAAAAUAUUGCAAUUAUAUUGUCUGUUUUCAAUUGUCAGAGAAUAAAUGUGUGAUAAGUCUCCUUA